AUGUCGCUGUUUUACUCCGAGAGUUCGUUUUCGGAGAACCCACUGGCAGGGUCACAGGCUGAGGUAUGGGGCGGCACGAGCCAAAGCACAGCGCUCCAGGACCACGGCCCCAAGCUUACGCACAACACCACAGAGGAGGACGAGGUGGACGAGGAGCACCCGUGGGGCCCUCCCCCUGCGAUUCCUACGCUCGCACGGCGGCCUGAUCCAGAGCCGUACUCGGGAUGGGAGCCCGCGAGCAGGUUGGAUGACUCGCUGGGCGCGCGUGUGGAUGCGCACCCCUCGCCCUUUGCGUCGCACGCCUCCGUUCCUCCCUCGUCUUUGGACGACACGCUGCCGAGCACGGCCGGCAGCAGCAUAUACCAGUCGACGCCCGUGCCGUCUCAUGUGAGCCCGGUGGCUUCGCGCCCUCCGCCCGCGCCUGCUGCGGCAGCCAAGAAAAAGACUUCUGUAUACCCCACUUCCUAUUCGCCCUUUGCUCGUGUCGAGACAGUGGGCGCGCGCCCCGAGAUGAACGAGGAUCUCUAUGGCGUGCCCGAGAACUUUUUGGAGGUCGAAGUGCGCAACCCCAUGACGCAUGGGCACGGCCGCAAGAUGUACACGGACUAUGAGAUUGUGACACGGACCAACAUCCCCGCAUUCAAGCUGUCGUACUCGUCGGUGCGCCGCCGUUACUCCGACUUUGACUACUUCCGCGAUCUGCUGGAGCGCGAGUCGAACCGUGUCAACAUUCCCUUGCUGCCGGGCAAGGUGUACACUGGCCGCUUUUCGGACGAGGUGAUCGAGUCGCGGCGCGAAGGCCUCGAGCGGUUCCUGCAGAUUGUCGCCGGGCACCCCCUGCUCCAGACCGGGAGCAAGCACAUGGCCGCAUUUCUGCAGGACGCGCAGUGGCGCCGUCCGUAG